AUGGAAGCGCAACUGCAACGACCUUCACUUGCACAGGGCCAACGUCGGAAGAAGAAACUAACCAAGCGACAAGUGGAUGAUAUUCCUGAUAUUGCUUCGACAAGUCUUCCAGCAGCAACUGCAGAGCAACGACAGUGUCAAGAGCCGGAUAAAAGUCGAAUAGACUUUACUUCGGCCAACCGUCCUGUCAUUAGUAUGGCUCAUAAGGCUCAAUCAGACGUAGUCGAACAGACAUUGAAUCUGGCAGAUUGCACAGACACCAAUAUGUUAUGGGAUAGUCUGCAUAGGGCUGGUGAUUCGGCUCUUGUUACUCGAAUAUCUUCUAUUUAUUCAAUCCCCGAUCAGCCUUCGUUUGCAUCCACUGCUGCUCAGAUACACAAUGCGUCCAUUCAACCCAUGUAUCCCUCUGCUCCGCCCUCCAUGGCUGUCGACAUGCCACAAUUGGCGUUUGCUCCUCUUGUGCCAACUGCUCCAUCAUUGAGUUUAUUGACUGCUCCUCAGCUAGACACUUGUCCUAUAUCCAAUCAGAGUCUGUCAAUCGAACCCAAAGUGCAUGAUGCGGACCAUGUCAAGGGUAUUGUCAGUGACACUAUCAGUUCUAUGCACGAUACUCUUGUCCACGAAUUUCGAUCGCAUAUCAAUCGUUUGGGUGAAAUGGAUCCGUUCUAUGAAAAAGUACUGCUCUACGAUACUGCCUUCAAAAAUACACUCAAGGUUCGCAGUCAACUCAAUGCUGCUCGUCACUCUGCAAAAAACCUCUCUAACCGACUAUGGCGUAUAUCCAGAACCCCAAAACAUGCAACUGCUGUAUGCAGUGAUGGCCGACAGGUCUCACAUACAUAUACAGACGAAGAUGCUGUAUAUAGCAGUGAUGUAGAAAAGGACUUGCGUCUUUCAUGGGAAAACUCUCGUCUUUUAUACCACGUUCAUUUAAAUAAGGCUCUAUUUGAAUCCAAAAUGGCCAAGAUUUGGAUCCAAAAUACUCUCGACGUGUAUCUGUCCAGUCAUUUUAAAUCUCAGCUCGAACUCAUACAAUCUAAACCAUUUACAUUUGCUAUCGAAUGGGAAAACAUGCCAUCAACUGACCCAAACAUUCGUCAGCUUUUAUAUUAUCUUGACGUUUUAUUUUCGUUUGAGCGUCGCAGAGUACUUGCAUCCCCCUCGAAAUCACCUGGCACACCUGUGCCGCUAUAUCAAUCAACUCCAGAUUCGCAGGGAUCAUUUGCAACUCCAUUCGAUCCUUCAGGUGAAGAACCUUCUUUAUUCUACAAAGAUGUGCGAUCUUGGAUCUCGUACGUUGUGGCUGCAAUCAUUCGUCUGGGUAGUCCCGAUUCACAUCGCAAAAUUCUGCUUCAUGCUAUUCGCUGCCCAGGAAUUGGACUUUGGGGUUCUCAUUUUAUUCAAUGGCCAUCACCACCUCAAUGGACAAAGUCAUGGAUACAACAAUACCUUGCAUCCCUCCGUGCGCUGCUGGGUCCAAUUGAAGAAUUGGAAGAAGCACAUGCACAGACUGCUAUGGACGAAAAGUUUGUUACCCUCAAUCUUAAACGUCUCGAGGUUGAAGAUGAAUGGGUGGUGAUUGAUCAACACUUAUUCACCCCUUUUUCACCAGACCCAGUUGUAUAUCUACGCGAAGAUGACUACAUGCGAUUGCUGGCACAGUUCAACAUCUCAUCUCUUUUUGAAUCGCUAAUGUUUUACUGUAUGAUGGAACAUUCAAAGACUAAUGGUUUGUCUGAUCUACACUCUACGCUUCUAGCUCCACCAGUAUUCUCGCUCUUGUUUUUCUUUGCGGAUAACAUACUCGGCCUUUUCAAACUGUCACUUCAAUCUAUACCCCAUAUCUAUGCAAGUUUUCUGAAAGGCAUAUGCGAACACACUGUUACAAUUUCAAAUACAAUGGCUUGCUAUCUUCCUUUGACCACCACUAACCAUAGACUCGAGGCUUCAUAUCAACCGCCACAUCUUCAAGUCCAAGCAGAAUUUGAGGCAUUUGUACUACAGCUUGUCAAAGUUUUACUUCAAAACGGACAGCUAGGUUUUUGGGAGUAUCUUGUACAGAUCCCCAUUGAAAACCUAUCCGAACAAUGUCGUCGUAUACUCUUCACCACUAGUAUAUCAAGUAAAUCAUACUUUAAUAUGGGUUCUGAUUCUUCACAAGAAUCCCUUUCCUUUGUGUUUCUAUCCAAUCCCGAACACGUAGAUGCUUUAUUAAAAUUUCUGGUGGCUCUCAUUUGGGGAUCUCAGACAUUUUUGCGAGAAAAUGCUUCACAUAAUUCUCAUCUGGACACACUGGCCAUGCAUCGAUAUCCAGAAACCGUAUUGGAUGUCGCCCAUUUGAUUGAUACAAUCUUUGAUAGCUGUCUACUGCAACCUGCUAUACAGGAAAUGUUUGUCGAUACUGCAGCCAGCUGUCUUGCUGAUAUCUCUACUUGGUUUCCCUUUUCAAUGUCGCAUAUUUUAAAAGCAACCUGGCUGAAUUUUGUCAAGCUUGAGUCAAUACUACAGAAAUUGUUUUCAAACAUUUCAUUACAACUAUUUUCUAUUGAUUCAGAAGAUAUAGAUAUUUUGAAAAAUCUGUUGAAUGAUCCACUAGACAGUAAACGAUUUCAGUUUGCCAUGUUUAUAAUAUCUCGCCUUGAUUGGAACGCGUUGACUGAUAAAGGAUCUAUGCUGAUUCCACAGCGUCACCAAAAGGCAUUGGCCAUUCAUCUGGUUCAUCGAGCAAUCGAUAGUCAGAGUGCAAAAGAGGCGCGGUCUGGUAUCAUUUCAACCACGUCUGCAGUUACUCUUGCCACAGUAGAAAUGGUUUCUAAACAAAUUUUUCCGUUUGCCAUCUCAACCAUGUUUUCAGGAUUUGAAAAGGGGUUUUUAGAUUGGUGCUGGAAUACAAUUCUUUCAAUGAAUUUGUAUCAGAUUCCUGGAUAUGCAGAUAUUUACUCUGCAUCGCCCUACGACCGACCUUUUGAAUCAUUGGAUGGCUCACUUAUGGGUUCGCUACUGGUUCACUCUAAAUCAAAUGCGCUUGUUGCAUUGGUGCUUUUGUUGAUAUCUGAAAUUGGUCAUCAUCCUGAACAAUUCCAGACUCAUGGUUGGUCACUACUUUCCACAAUAUUAUCCAAAGGUCCUAUAAGGGGUUUCAUGCAUGUCUCAUUUUUAGUAAUUCGACAUCUUUCCACCAUCAAAGGGAUUGACGUGUUUGGAACAGCAGAAUUCAUCCAUACCUUUAAAAAUCUAUACAAGACUUCAUUAAUAGUGGAUUCAGUUGGGAUUAGAGAUACAAACAAUCAGAUUGGUAUUUUUGUAACCUCAACACUACGCGAAGCCACAGAGCAUACUGCAACUCCUGUGAAUAGCAGAUUCACUGCUAAUUUCUGGCUUCGAACUGUAUUUGCUGAUGCUGAAUGGAGCUUGAAUAUGUCUUCACUUACGAUAUUGGAUGUUGUAUGUGAGUAUUAUAUCCGUGCAGGUCUACAAUCUACACUACAUGGUGCAUUUAUUGGAGAAUACCACGCUCUUUUAGCGAAUUACCAGAAAAAUUGCUCGAAACCCUUCAACUUUUCUUAUUUACGACCUGUCGAGUCGAUUUAUUCUCUAGCGGGUGCAUUGGAUCACAUCUGGCAUACUUAUCCGACAUUGAUUCCUCCAUUAGUUAGCACAUCAACUGCAGGAAAAGCACCGUUUGUAUGGCUGGCUUAUGAGGCUCUGAUUGCCGAGUCUCUUAGUGAGCGACCUCUAGUUCAGCUCAUUGGACGCGCUCUAUCACAAGAUUUGAAGUUGACAGUUCAGCAAGCAUUAGCCAACUCUCAUCAUAACAUAGAUGAAAACAAUCAUCAGCUAAAGCCACUUGAAAGUUUUUCAAUAUUUCGCUGGGCUUCGCUCAUUUUCCAACUACCAUUGCAUCACCCUGCAAUGCCAUUAUUCUGGCAGGGAUUUUUUAGCUUGUACUUUGAACGACCAUUUGCUGUUCCUUUGCACUCUUCUUUUGGGUAUCGUUUUCUUAUAUCGAGUUCUCUGCACCUAUCUCAACUUAUGUCGGUACUAGAUCAGCUAAAUAUACACAAAAUAUCUUCUGAAUUUCAUGACACCCACCCGCAAACACUCUACCAAGCAAUGCAGCUUUGGCUUAGUGAACCACAAUUACGUACUGCUGAAUGGAAAACAUUUACCACUGAUGGAAUUUUUUUGUUGGAUUGGCUUCAGGAAUGUAACAUAUUUGAUACGUCCAAGGCAGAUACCACUUGGGUUCGACUGAUUCGAAAUGCAUCUCUGGAUCGUCAAUCUACACUUUUUCCAACAAAUAUUGCAGAGCCAAUUUCUUCUACUGCUAGUUCACAUAAUGGGAUCGCUGCUCACCAUUAUGCAGUAGAGACUAGUAUUGAUACAAAUCGGCACGCUGUAUCAGCAACACCGCAUUUAAAGGGAGUUUCUGCUGGUUUAAAGCUAUAUGGGCUUGCUUCAGCACCGCCGUUUGUUCUACGCUUUCCAUUGAUUCCACCAGCCCAUGUUUUAACUGAAAACCUGGCUUUAGAGAUGUUUGAAACAGAAUUGGCUGUUUUGAUCAAAGCCGCGCAGGCUUAUAUUUCGCAUGUGUCGCGCAUUGAGAAACUUCAGACAGAAUGCUUAGAAAAUCUUCGUCAGCUCUACACCACAAGCAAACGGCUAAUUCGAGUGGAGCGGGCGUGUUCUUCUGGCUGUUCUGGGCAUGCUAUAGUGCAAUGUGAUUUGCAAGAGGCUAGCAUUAAUUUAGAUAUGCGAAAUCUGGCCGGUGACCUUGCACAACAAGCCGAUUUAAUGCUUCUCGCCGACUUUCUAGAUUCCUCACUGUGUACCAGUGGACUUAAAAUUAUUGGAGUUAUUGACUGGCUUGCUCGAUCUGAACAACAUGAACUAUCAUUGAAUCCCUUGUUGACCACAAGCAUUAUGGCAUCAUCGUCUCAAAUUAAAGAGAAGGUGUUUUUUGAUGUCAUACAAUCACUUUGUGGAAUCUCAGUAUACGCUCCAGCCGCUUUUCUUGCUGAAAUGACUACACGUCAAUUGGGUCCAAGCGUUGUUGCACUUUCAGAAGACCAAACGAUUCGAAUCUUUGAAAUCAUUAACAAGGGAGAAGCUGUGAAUCUUCUUGCAAAAUUGUUUGAUCCGUGCUGCUCUCCUGACAAUUUCCCUCGUUUUUAUCGAUCGCUAUCUUUAUCUUUAAAUAGUGCUGAUUUUCUUUUGAUUUCUAAAGCAUUUGAUUUAAAACGAUGGUUGAAUGAGCUGUCCCAACGAACACAGGCACAAAAGACGGAGCUGUUUUAUAGCGUUUUAUCUGCAUGUGAAAAAACAAAAAGCUUUGAUUUUCAUAACGAAAUGAUGGUUCAACUAUUUGUGCUUGACCAGCCUGGAAUAUGGACGGAAUGCAUUCCGGUUAUUUUAAAGGCUGCUAUGCGCGGGAACAUUGAUAUUAGUAUCAUCAUCGGACUGACUGUAUCAUUUUUGCCAGAGUCUCGAGAAAAAAUGGAUUUGGAUAAUCAGCUGGAACGAUUUCUUGCAUCUUCUUCUUUGACAUCACUAACACUAAUUCAUAUGGAGACAACGGGUUUAUGGACAAAAUUGAUUGAUGUUUUUCAAGAAGAGAUCAUAUCAAGUGGUUUUGCAGAUUCUAAUUCCAACUGCAUGUUAGAACCUCUGUAUUUGGGAUGCGUUGUGCUGGUGGCUCUGUCCAUGCAAAAUGAUAUUGACUGCAUACAAUUUAUUGAAACGAGUCAGAUGGCUAUGUCAUUAUUUUCUCCGUGGAUGUUACUCGAUCGAAACCAACAAGAAUUGUCUAGUACCACUUACAGCGUUAGUAGGAAGCGUGAAUGGACUGAGAAAAAUGCUGUAGUCAUUGAUAAAGUUAUAUCACUUUAUUUCAAGUUGUUGUCAAAACUGUGCACCAUGUAUAACAGAUCCGAGUCGCUUUUGUCGCUUAUUUGGAAGUUUCAUGCGGACGCGAUUGGUGCAAAUGUCAACCCAAUAUUUUUAAAAACAGUGCAAAAACUUGCAUCAAAAUAUCAAUGGUCUACUUUUACCAUGUCCAUCACUGCGAUUGACAGUAUGAAUCAGUGGUUGACAUUGGAUGCUUUAAUGGACGAGACUGGUGUAUUUGCUGUAAACGUUUUUAGAGAUAGUAUCAAGCCUGCAGAACUUGCUUCAAUGCCAGCAGUGUGGCAGUUUGUAUUUGGCAUACUAUACUUGGCUGGUAAAGUAUGGCCAGUCGAUUCGGAUAGAUUUAUCGGGUUUCAAUCUUUGACUCAUUGGCUUACCAGCGUGGAUUUUAGUCAUCUUCCCUCUACCUCUGAUUACGAACAAGUUGUGCGAGCAUUGCCACUAGAAUGGAAUGAGCAAGCCACAACUACUUUACUGAAUGACACUACAUCUCAUUUUCCCAUUGUGCUGAGUCUAGCGCUGUUGCGAAAGCUUGGAGGUUUAGAGGGUGGCCAGUUAAUCCAAGCUCGGGAAAACCUGCUCGUAUAUGUCAACUUUGUGUGGGCUCUUGUGGAGACUCAGAUCAAAGCAGAUCAAGUACCACUUUUGCUUCGAUCAAUCAAACCCAAUUUUGCCCUGGAUCACAUUUGUGGAAUUGUUUGCGAGACGUUGCAAAUCGCAGAGCAUUUUGAGCGUUUUCAGUCAGACAACCUAGCCCAUGACACUUUGACAAAAAGCGUUUUGCUUGCAUCAAUCCAAUCUGCUAUUGCUUUGCUGAAUUCUUGCCAUAAAGAAAGUAAAAUCUGCACAAAGCUUUGGAAUGGUAUUAUAGCUGCCACUCAAGAGUCCAAUUACGCUAUGCUAUAUUUAAUGGCAGCAUAUCGAUCAAUGUCUUUAGUGGAGCAUAUGGCCAUGCUUUCAGAGUAUUCAAUUAGCAAGCACUUUGCACUAUGCAUGGAUCCUCAACAAUGGAAUAUGAUUACAGAUAUUCUGCAGAUUCCAGAAUUAGACGAGGCCGUAUUCAUACGGCAUUGUCUAAAUCACGCUCUUGCCUUUACACUGUAUGCUUAUUCUUUGAAAACAUUGGCCAUAUCUCAAACGAAAAUUGAUGAAAAAGUUAUGCUUGGCGAGAGACUGGGUGUAUGGAUUGUAUCGAUUCGAAUAGAGCAUGUUUUUCAGGGCCAAGAGUGUAAAAUACUACUGCUGCUAUUUCUAUUUGGACAGCUGCUUCAAGCAGAACUCUCAUCUCUAUCAGAAGGCCAUUCUAGACUGAAGGCUCACUUGCCUUUAGUUGGAGAUGCACUAUUUCGUUGGAGUGAGGAUCGAUCUUGCCAAGGCAUUUGGGCCACUCUUGGAUUUAGACCUGUCUCGUUGCUUUCUGUGGAAUUUCGGUUUUGUGCACGUAUGAUUGCUCUAUUUAUAACUAGUUGUUUGAUAGAUCCUGACGCUGAUGAACAACAAACCCAACUCAUGGACUCAUUUACGAAAAUGCAACAAAAUAGCGAAUAUGGCAAGCUGGGAAAUGCAAUGAGCGAUUCAGAAGCACUAUUGAAAAACACAACAAAAGGGUUACAUCAGCUUCCUGAUAUAAUUGAUAAUCUGGCCCGUCGAUUUUUUCCAAUUUGGGAAACUUUGGUGAAAAUGCCAGAUGGGUUUAUUCAGACGAAUUCACGUAUUUAAACCUUGGCUAUAAGUAGGAUUGAAGGUUUUAUACAUUGUUGAAUAGUAUUCGAUAAUAUUUUUACAGCU